CGGUGCACUCACUGUGCAGCUUCGGUUGCUAAGGAACCGCCGAAUGCAGGUGGCAUGAAGAUGAUGGUGGUGGCACAGUGAAAAAAGUUGGUCAGUCUGGCUGGUUGAGGUGUGGAGGGGACACCACAUACCACGCCAGGAUUCUGACUUGUAACAUUUGUACUGCACUCAGUAAAUCUCCUCAACUCCAUGUCUCUCCCUGGAUCGUAGCUACAAUUAUGGUGACACUUAUCACAGAGCAACUCCGUAAGCAGAGUUUGGAAGAACCUUAUCACAAGGCUUUCUCGUUCAAUGUGAAUGUGUCAUUACCUACAGUGGGAUCCAGUCCCACUGUCUCUUGGAGUGCUUGUAGAACGACACAAGAGACCAGCUCAGCUGUAUACCCAUCAUCCAAAGUCAAUGUUUUUGAGGAUUCCUGUGGACUUGAUUCCCUGUGGCCUCCUUCCCGCUCUGGAGAACCCCUCCAAGGACCAGAGGUUUCCUUCACAGACAAGGCUUUCCAAAGCUCACCUCCACCCCCACCUUCAAAACGCCACUGCCGCUCCCUCUCGGUUCCAGAAGAUUUGUCUCGGUGUCGCUCCACCUGGCAUCCCAGUGCAUCGAAGGUUUGGACCCCAGUCAAACGUGGCUGCCAUAGUGGAGAAGCAUCCAGUUCAGGCUCUGGAGCCAGCUCUUUGCCACUUUGCGGUCCCAGUUCGUCCUUCACCUCUUCUUCCAUACACUCAUCUUCCAGCCCUACGUUCUUUAGCUUAGCACUGUCAUCUGACUCCCCUUUAUCAUGGGGCUUCCCCUGGGACCCGUGUGACACACUGAAAGGAGCCUGUUCUGCCUCCUUUGCCGCUCCUUCCUCCUGCUCCUCUUCGCCGGCCCCUCUCAUUUCUCACUCAGUGUUGCAGCGCCGCUUCUCUCUCUCCCCUGUGCACAUUCAUAAUGCCUCUGUGGCGGCCUUGCCCCCUCAGCCCUCCCCUGCUUCUGUGCUGACAUAUGGCUGCUCUGGCCUAGAGCCCCCAGCCCUGUCUCCAUCUCCCACUUCAGCUUGCAGUACACCUUCCUCUUCUAGGCGUGACCUGCACCCUGCACUGCCACGAUGCCACUCACAGCCCUGCGACAUGCGCAAACCUCGCUUGAAGAGGCGCCAUGACCCAGAUGUUCUCCCCUGCCCAAGGCCAGGCCUAGAUUUCAGCAAGAUGACACAGAUUGGUAAUCGUGAGAGCCUAGUGUGUGGACCAGGAGGCUGCAUCGUUCCACUGUCUUCCCAGACAGAGCAGCGCUCGGCCUUCUCUCCUGCUGAGUUCCUAGGACGAGCUAGCAUCGGGCCACUAAGUGAAAGUGAAGAAGAAGAAGAGGAGGAAGAAGAGGAAAGAAAAAGGACUGUUAAAGAUGGAGUAAAAAAGAUUGUUUUUGAAAGAGACUGCACAGAAUUGGACUUGAAUCUUAUCGAAGAAAACUGACCACUCCUUGGUACUCCCAGUGUGUGAUGACUGCAUUCAUAACCAUGUUAAGCACACCUGUAGGCUUUGUGCGCCCUUCUGGCAGAGUCCUUGGGAACCUGCUGCCCUCCUGGGGCAUAUGGCCAGAGUUCGUAAUUAAGAACCAAGCAAGUAGGAGCUAAUAUCAAAUUACAAUGCUAUGAUUGUAACACUUGAACUAGUUCACUAUUCAACAUCUCACAAAAAUGUCAGUGCCUGCCUGUUCAGCACUCCAUAGGGAAAUGUGCAUGAGCAAAUACGCAAGUCUUCAUGCGCACAGAAUUUUGACUAAUAUUUGAUAUGAAUACAAGUCUUAAUUACCAUUAGCCAUUGGUAUGCAUCUUGAUAGUCUUACAUAUCCUUAUUAAAGAACACUAUAUACUGGAAUAAGCAAAAUGUUCCUGAUAUUUUCUCAAAUUAUUUCACAGGAAGUGCACUAAAAGCUAAAUGUUAAAUGGAAUUGGGGUGGCAUUCUUCAGUGCCCUAUCAGAUACUGGAGUAGUCUACUUUUGUAUUUGGGUCUCUAAAUUUGGACUUGAUUAAUUGUGAGCUGUUAAGGGUAGACAUAAUCUUGCCAUGUGUAGCUUAAAAUAUUAUUGGAGCAGGCCAAACUGCAUAAGAAUCCAUAUGUACAUGCUCUCCUGUUGGUAUAACAGUAGUAGGUAUACAUUCCAGGACUCUGCACUUCUGUAAAUCCUAGACUCUAAAGAUGCAUCUUAAUUUUUAAUGCUGAUCAUUGAUUUCAGCUUGUCUCUCUGGAAUAAAUCUUGAUUUUCAAAGGGAAGCUUUUCUUGUAAUGGCAAAAGAAAAAAAAAAAGGAGAUACCCCCCUUUCAGUUCAUAUAUCCUUUUUUUUUUUGUAAUUUCUGUAACUGCUUGGACAUUAUCACACCUUGUGAACAGUAAUACUAAUGAUACUGUUAACUGACCAUGCCUUAAGCUUAAAAUACAGAGUUAUUGGUGCUCUGGUCUUCUUUUCACAGCCAGACAUUUUUGCAAUCUCCAUUUGCAAUGAUUCAGAUAUUAUUGAGCGCGUGGCACAUAAUAGUCGGUUGAAUAACUGAGUCAGUGCUGCAGCUGGACUCCACAGGGCACAAUGUAACGUACUGUACGGCGGUGAGAGUGGAAACACACGUCCAGCCAAUUCUGUGAGCGUAUGUGACAAGGGCAGUAGUGAUGCGGAUGAUUUGGUGGCCUUUAAGAAAUGAUUUUUCAUGUUUUCAGAUGGAAAUAUAACUGUUGCACAAUUUAUGUACAAAUAAAAUUUAAUAAAGAGUUUUUUGUUUUUUUUUUCCUAAAA